CAAAUCUGCAAAUAGAUCCUGCCAGCGAUGGAGAUUUAUUAGGCUGUGCUAACAUCUCAUCCAGUGUGCAGGUGUCUCGUUGUUGGUGAUGUCCCUCACACCACACCGUAGUUCGCCCUCCCUCCCUCUCGAGGGAGGAAAGUUUGGACAACCGCAAGUGUCACAUCUGAAAUUCUCUUGCAUCAAGGAUUUCGAUGACCUAUAAGAGGCAUAACAGCGGAAAACACCUUCGCAAACGCAGCAACUCAUAUGAAAGAUGACACAUACAAAUGUUUCUGGAGCAGAAAAGAAAAUGGCUUCUCAGUGGACUCGAGCAAACAGUGCAGAGAAGAAGGUGCCCCACACUCGCAUUGAGGAUGAAUCCGACAUACAGAAAAUCUAUUCCUUUGGGAGGAAAUUAGGUCAAGGCAACUUUGGCGUCGUCUGUGAAGCCACUCACAUUGAGACGCAGAGGAAGUGGGCAAUUAAGAAGGUGAACAAAGAGAAGGCAGGCACUUCUGGUGUAAAACAUCUGGAAAGAGAAGUGAGCAUCAUGAAACAAGUGAAACAUGAACAUAUUAUACAUCUGGAGGAAGUCUUUGAAACACCAAAGAGGAUGUACCUCGUGACUGAGCUUUGUGAAGGAGGCGAUCUAAAGGAUCUCCUGCAGAAGAACAAGCACUUCACUGAGGAGGAGACCAGACACAUCAUCAAAAGCUUAUCUGAAGCUAUUGUUUAUUUGCAUAAAAAAGACAUCGUUCAUCGUGACCUCAAACUGGAAAACAUUCUUGUGAAGAGUUGUCACCAAGGCAACGAUAACGAUAUGGUCAAUAUCAAGGUCACAGAUUUCGGACUCUCUGUGCAGAAGGGCGGUGUAGGCAGUGAAAACAUGCUGCAGGCCACCUGCGGGACACCUAUCUACAUGGCGCCUGAGGUGGUUAAUGGUCACCAGUACAGCCAACAGUGUGAUUUGUGGAGCAUUGGCGUCAUCAUGUACAUGCUACUGUGUGGAGAGCCUCCUUUCAUUUCCAGCUCUAAGGAAAGGCUUUCUGAGAUGAUUAUGAAAGGAGAGCUCAUUUUCUCUGGCCCUGUGUGGCACACCAUUAGUGAUGCAGCCAAAAAUGUAAUACGGUGUUUGUUGAAUGUUGACCCAGCUCACCGCAUCACAGCCAAUGAGCUGCUAGAUAACCCUUGGAUUUCGGGGGACACCUCCACCACUGUUACACGUACAAACGUCUUAGAGAUGAUGCGUCAGUUCCGGAACGCUCCAGAGGACGAAGAGAGUGUGGAGAUGAGUGAGGGACUGCAAAACCUCUCUCUCACUUCCUCUCAGGACAAAGGGUCAGGGCCGAGAACAUCUCAAGAGCUCUCAGUAACCCCAGCACCUCCUGAGGACGUCAUAGACAGUAGCAGUAGCAGCAAACCCUCCACCCCAAACAAGAAGCCUCUGAAGAAAAAACUAUCAGCCUCAUCCUCUAACGGUGUUAAGAAGAGUGCGUCUGCUGCAAAGGCCUGCAGCACUUUGAAUACAUCCGCUGCACAGUCCCACACAGGUUACAAACCCCCUGCUCAGCCAAGCACAAAAAGCUACAGCAAGGCCUCCUCCAUCUCAGGAUCCUGUCUCAAACCAUCAUCAACAGAAGCAGCCUCUGCAGCAUCCAACUCAAGUAGGCGCGAAAGCUUGUCCCCACGUCCCUACACCACUUCCAUCCACCGUUCCACCAAUCCAGGCUUUGGCUUCCAGGCUAAAAAACACAGCUAGACCUCGGCGGUGAGACUGCUCGAGUAGUUGCGUUCAGUGCCAAAGGUGAGGAAUUCAAGGGGGCCGCUGCUGGGUGGUGGGCCCGCUGGAUACACAAAUGACAGCCAGAACAGUUUUACAGUGAAGCAGAAGUAAAACUGUACUUCCUCCAAUGUGAAUGUGCUUUUAGUCUCCUUAGUAGGAUGGAUCUUAAUAGUCACUUUUUAUGAAGUACACAGAGGCCCCCUCUUUUGAGGAUGAGCUACUAGAUUUUUUGGGGGUUGGUUGCUGCUUUAUUUUUAUGGACCUGGAACAGAUGAAGUCAUCACGCCUAUUCAUGGCAUCUAACAUAAGGCGCAUAAGUCAUCUUUGCACAUUGAAAUGCUAUUCUCUAGAGAGUAAAGGAAGUUCAUAUGUUUCAUCAUGAAGGACUGUGAAGAAUGUAUUGACUAUAACAGGGUUUAAUAGCUUUUGCUCUGUGUUUUGCAAUAAUAAAUAGGCAAUAACAGAGUAAUUUGAUGCAAUAUUCAAACACAACAUAAUUAUUCACCAUUUUCGACUAAAUCAAAUGCCACAAUAGUAUGUGUAAAAACUGUCUAUUCAUUUUACGAACAUCUGUUGUUUCCUCUGCAGUUGUGCUAAUCACACCGGUCAUAUUUUGCCAAAUCACAUCAGGUAGCUGUUGUAUAUGAAUAGUUCUUACUUGUUAUCCAUUAAAAAGAAGCCAUC